AUGCGAUCUGUGAUCACGCAGCGGCUGUGUUUGUUGGCCCGUGUGCGACAAUACCCAAUUAUUUCUGCGCGACGACUUGCUCCAUCACAUAUUGGGCGCAUCAAGACUCCUCUGAGCAAGCCCGCUGUCCGAUUGCAUUCUACACACUCGCAGCAUGCACCACAGGGAGACAAUAAUUCUUUCCUCUCACCAGGCAGAAGUGACACUUGGAGCAAAGUAGACCCUUCGCUAGUCGUUGACAUUGCGCUGAAGACCCUGAUUGGGCUGGGCGUCAUUUUUAUUGGCGGGAAUUUAUAUGUGUUCUGGUACAAAUAUAACGUCCUUUCAAAGAUUGAAGCAGCAUUCGACGAAACUUGGGAUGAUACAGCCGUAGUGCGAUUAAUCACGCAGGAGCUAACGCGGUUUGGCCUUCUAACACCUGAUCUGGAACACGCUGGCUUUCAAACCUUGGCAAAAAAGCUCUCCGAAGUACAUCCACGGCGGCACGGCCAAGACUUUGUCGAUUCCAUUGUGAAGGGAGAGACAGCAGGCUCGUACUUUCUUCUCGUCGGACCGAAGGGGGCGGGGAAGUCUGGAAUGGUAUUUGACGCAAUGUUGAACACACGCAACAAUGGGUCGGUAUUUCUCGAGGCGCAUCCCGACCUUGAGGUGUUUCGUUUGCGCCUAGGGAAUGCUUUAAACUAUGAAUUUAGCGAGGAUCUGCAGGCGGGACUGUUCCAGAGACCGGACCCUCGAUCCGGCGGUCCCGCAAUGGAUAUUGAACGUGCGCUAGAUAAGCUACAUGAAGUUGCUAUGCGGUGCGGGCGCCGCCGUCCCCUCGUUCUCGUCAUCACCAAAAUUCAGAACUUCCAUAACAAUGAACAGGGCCAAAAUGUUCUUCUACAGAUUCAACAGUACGCUGAACGCUGGGCCAUAAGAGGUAGCGUGCUCGUGUCAUAUACCUCAGCACAUUUUAGGGAUGAUGUAUGGCCGUAUACGUUGUUGCGUGAGUCACAUGUGCGCUCUGUCCAAGAUCUGGACUGGGCAAUGGCAAAGCGCACUCUAUUGUGCAGACGGCCGGACGCUGAAAAUGUAGACAGUGUCGUGCACCUUGUGGGAGGACGUACAGCCUACCUCAACAAGGUGUCCAGGGCCGAAGAGAUGCUGAAAGCUGCCAAGGAUCUUCUGCGCUUGGAGAAAGCGUGGCUCGAGAGCUGCCUAGGGCUGAUACCAGAUUGCGACAAUGAUGGAGAGGUUGUCAUUCAGCAAAAAUGGAGCGUACAUUGCUGGACGUUGCUUCGCGAGUUCGUGCGGCUAUACAGAGCCAAGCAGAAGGAAGCGGGGGACUGUUGGGAUCCGUUGAAGCUCCCCGUUAUCCCAGCGUGGCGAUGUCAGCAGAUCAUGACACGACCCGAUUAUUUGGACGAGCUUGACAGGUUGGACGUGGUCUAUAUAGAUAUAAAUUCAAAUGUGCAGCCAGACUCGAUGCUAGUCCUCCGCGCUGCUUUAGACAUCGUUGAGAAGGAAGGCUUCGAUGAGCUCCUUGAAGAGGUCCGCUGCAGAAUAAAGGAGAUAGAGAACCUGCGCCGAGGAUGA